CCACAGCCUGUCAGUCAGUUCUAGUCUAUCGUUUAGAGUGCCUCAGACUACUACAAGAACUACUAACCGACUGGAGCAGCUGACGCAGGAUGUGCAGCUGGAAAGUUCUGUUUGUCGGCGUUGCAGCCCUCUGUGUCAGCAGUGCCACAGGAGGUCCCAACAAUGACUCCAAGGGUGUACUUAGGAUCGUCAACGAGGGAAACUUCGUAAUGCAGUGGGCCAUCACUUGGAAGGAGGGGAGCACUGAGGUCAGCUGGGACAAGAACUGGAAGGACUUUCCUGGUCCUUUCAGCCAGGACAUUGAACUCCCAGGGAAUGCUCAAGGCAUCAGCGUGUUCGCCAGGGUAGCCACCGGCCUGGCCUGGGAGUGGUGGCACACAGUCAUUGACAAGAAGGGUAUUCCUCUGGUGAAGGAGCGUACUUUUACAGUCAGUGGAACAACUCUCAAUCCCAAGAGUGUUAUAUCUCCUAGCGUUUAG